AUUUCAUACCAAACGCCACCUUAUACUCCCUCUCUCUCAUCUCUUUCCCCUUUGCCCUAAAAACCCUAGUGCCGCCUCCAUUCUCUCUCUCUCUCUCUUUCAUGCCAAGAAUGGCAAUGGUACAGAAAUCUCAGAGUUCUCGCAGGUUUAGUACAACCAAAAGCAUAAAACAAUUAAUGUUUCAACAUUUUUUCACUCGGAUCCGUCCAAACACGGUAUUAAUCAUCUCCUCUUUCACUAUUCCCUUUAUUUUUCUAAAUCAACACACGAUUUUUGCAUCUUUGUUGUUAUAAUGGGACUGUACGAACUUGAUUACUAUUGGUUCGCAAGGGUUUAGUUUGGAUCUACCUAGAAUGGGUCAGAUCCAACCGCAUAUGUUUAACUUUAGUGAAUCUUAGCCGUUAAUUUCAUAGUAUUAUGUUUUGCAUCUAAAAAAAUCCCUUGGUACCACAUCGUUGGUGUAGAUCUUUGAAUGAACUUUGGGGUUCUACAAGACAGAGAAGAAAAAAGAGGAAAAAAAGGAGGAGAUGCGAAAAGUCCCAAAUUUUUAAGUAAUAAAACUUGAGAUUAAGGCUUUCCUAGUCAAAAUUUUAAACUUAGCUUUUAAGAGUUGAGUUCUCUAGUUUCAAAAUUUUAAUUUCUUUUUGUUGUGUGUGUGUGUGGCUGCUUGAUUUUGGAAGCACAAAGAAGGCUCCAAGUCCACUCUUGCUCUGGUUGCACCCCAAAAAGUGUAUUAGGUAACACAGAAGUGCAGGUUCAUGUCACACGUAUGAAGUAGGAGACCUUGCUACUUUUUUCGGAGUCAUUGAUAUUGAUCCGAAUACUAGUGGAGCCCGCAACCAUGUCUAGUAGCAGCAGAUAAGUAGAUUCCAGGGAACCGCAAGGCAGAGAAACAACAAUGGCUACAACUCCUGGAUUUCUCACUGAUUGGCCUUGGAAGCACCUCGGUAGCUUUAAGUACGUGAUUUUGGCUCCAUGGAUUACUCAGAGCGUCUAUUCUUAUGUAACCAAAGAGGAUGAUGAGAGGGAUUCAACCAACCUGCUCAUAUUUCCUUUUCUACUCUCAAGAAUGCUUCACAACCAGCUUUGGAUUAGCUUCUCCCGUUAUAGAACUGCCAAAGGCAAUAACCGCAUUGUUGACAAAGGCAUUGAGUUUGAUCAAGUUGACAGAGAGAGCAACUGGGAUGAUCAGAUUAUUCUGAGCGGGCUUUUGAUUUAUGGCUUCAAUACGAUAACUUCCGGAGCUUCAAACUUGUCAUUGUGGAGAUCAGAUGGUGUGAUCAUGUCAAUUAUCCUUCAUGCUGGUCCUGUUGAAUUUCUCUAUUAUUGGCUUCAUAGAGCUUUGCACCAUCAUUAUCUCUACUCUCGUUAUCAUUCUCAUCAUCACUCUUCCAUUGUUACUGAGCCCAUCACAUCUGUGAUUCAUCCAUUUGCUGAGCAUAUGGCAUAUUUCCUGCUAUUUGCUAUUCCAACCUUAACAACAGUGUUCACUGGGACUGCUUCUCUGGCUUCUCUCUUUGGCUACAUUACUUAUAUUGAUCUCAUGAAUAACAUGGGGCACUGCAACUUUGAGUUCAUUCCCAAGUGGAUUUUCUCCAUCUUUCCCCCUCUCAAAUACUUGAUGUAUACGCCCUCGUUUCACUCCUUGCACCAUACUCAAUUUCGUACGAAUUAUUCGCUAUUUAUGCCAAUCUAUGACUAUAUCUAUGGGACCACGGACAAGUACACUGAUUCGAUAUAUGAAAAUUCCCUGAAGAGGCAAGAAGAUACACCUGAUGUGAUACAUUUGACACAUCUGACUACCCCAGAAUCCAUCUACCAUCUCAGGCUAGGAUUUUCCUCAUUGGCCUCAAUGCCUCAUGAAAACCAUAAAUGGUACAUUUGGUUCAUGUGGCCAGUGACUUUGUGGACUAUGAUCACAAACUGUAUCUACGGACGCACUUUCAUUUUGGAGAGAAAUAGCUUGGAAAAGUUUAAAUUCCAAUCUUGGGCUAUACCAAGAUACAAUUUACAGUACUUGUUGAAUUGGCAAUCACAAGCUAUUAACAGCUUCAUAGAGGAUGCUAUACUACAAGCAGAAGAAAAAGGUGCCAAGGUCUUAAGUCUUGGCCUCUUAAACCAGGGUGAGGAACUUAACAGAAAUGGAGAACUUUACAUAGAGAGGCACCCUAAAAUCAAGAUCAAGGUGGUGGAUGGAAGCAGCUUAGCAGUUGCUGUUGUGCUAAACAGCAUUCCAAAAGGAACAACAGAAGUGCUUCUCAGAGGAAAUCUUACUAAAGUUGCCUUUUCUAUUGCUUCUGCUAUGUGUCAAAGGGGCAUCCAGGUGGCUACAUUGUACAAAAGUGACUAUGAGAAACUAAAACUUGCUACUAGUUCUCAGAGUAAUAUCGUGCUGUCAAAGAGACUUGAUCAAAAGAUAUGGGUAGUUGGAGAUGGAUUAACAGAAGAAGAACAGAUGAAGGCAGCAAAAGGGACACUUUUCUUGCCAUUCUCACAACUGCCUCCUAAGAAAGCUCGCCACGACUGCUUCUAUCACUACCCUCCUGCAAUGCUAGUUCCUCCUUCUCUGCAUAACUUGCAUGCUUGUGAGAAUUGGCUGCCAAGAAGGGCAAUGAGUGCGCCAAGAGUGGCUGGAAUUGUGCAUGUCUUAGAAGGAUGGAAUGUACAUGAGUGUGGAGACAAAAUGAUUGACGUUGAGAAGAUUUGGGAAGCCAGCAUCAACCAUGGAUUCAAACCUUUACCUUUUAAUGCUGAAUGAGAUAAACGACAAAUAUGUAAUCUUUAAUUAAUUAGUUAGAUAUACUUUAAAACUGCGAGCUAAGGCCUUGUGUAUUUCAUGUCUUUGGCCAACUAUGAUUACACUCAAAUUUACUUUGAGUAGUCCUUUUUUCCUUGUUAGUCUAUUAUCAAAUUGUAAUUUCGUAUGGACGAUGAAUUCGUGUUGUGUUAGACA